UCCGGCCGAGCUCGUCCGUUCACUUCCUCUCUCCCGGUGCUGUGGUUGUGGUUGUCUCCCUCAGCUCCUGUCACGUCGGGCUGGCUUCGUCCUUUAGGAACAGAAAAAUAUGUGAAUAAAAGCAAGAAGAGUCCCCGAACACAGCUGGAGCCGUGCUACAACGGUGGAACUCAGAUUCUUUUACUGCUAAAAUCAUCACUACUUAAGAUGCAUCCAGACCUGUCUCCUCACCUGCACACUGAAGAAUGUAACCUCAUUAUCAGUCUGCUCAAGAAGUGUCACAAGGAGCACAACGUUCUGAGGUUUUUUGGCCACUGCAAUGAUAUUGAUCGUGAGAUGCGGAAGUGCUUAAAGAAAGAGUAUGAAGAAAAAAGGGCCAGGAACCGGGAGGUGCGUCGGAAAAUAAUUGAUGCUCACAAAAACUUUGAGAAGUGAGCUGUAUCAUACAGGGACAAUUGUAUCUCAAUAGGGACACUCGCUUGAAAGCUGACACAAUAUCUCUUUCAAGCUGCCAACGUUCAACCUGUGGUUUGUGAAAUAGUGGAAAAAAUAAAUGUACCCAACAUGUACUAAUUUCCAGAAAGGUAAACUGAAUAAUGGGAAAAAUAAAAUGAUUGCUCACAAGUUAAUAUUUGGCCUCUAAAGGACACCUGUUGUGACAACUCUUUGUUCUGUCAUAGUUUUGUUAUGACUGUUAACUAACGAUGCAUCAAUGUGUGUGGAGUAUCGUGCAUUCAAAGCUGCGACAUUCCCAAUCUUGUGUUCAGUUGCAUUUAUCCCUUCACAGUUAGUAGCUUCUCUUUCAUCUUUUUCUCCUUGCAAAUGCUGAAUGAUUUAUCACGUUACGAAAAGUGAAUGAAAACACUCUUUAAAUGGAUUACUAGAAAUGAAUUUCAAACCAGUGUGGCUUGAAAUUGGAGAUGGCCUAUCAAGCAAUUAGUGGAGUUCUAGUAUUUUCCAUUGACAACACUAAGGAUCCUUCCUGCCAACUGUAAGUACAGAAUAGACUGCUGUAAGUUAACUUGUUUAUCAUACGUGAUGCAAAUUGCUUUAGAAAUUCAGAAUGGGACUUUUUCAGGGAUUCUAAAGCACAGCUUUGAUUUAUACUGAGUACAACCAUUAUCUGCUGCCAGAAAAUACGAGCUAAGUUGUUCCUACAUACGUUAGUACAAAGGGGACGUCACAUCAUGAUUAUUGCUAUUGAAGAAAAACUCUGGUUAGAAGAUGCAUCUUGCCUUUCAGUUGCUCAAAUCAAUAAGCAGUGUGCUAAUCAAACUGCCUCAUUAGUUACAAGUGUUGUUCAUUUGCUGUCUGACUGUAGGAAGUUCUGAACAGGUUUCUGAAUGCCAAGAAUUUGAUAUGAGGGUGCUGUUGGUUUAUACAGCAAUGGAGCUGCUUUGCUGCAUGUCUCUUGGAUUCCCCUUCUGUUAUUUUAAGUGACUUUUCUGUUUUGCUUAGCAAAAAGACUAUAUAAAUUAAAUUGCAUUGAAAUAAAUAUAAUCUCUUGAAGCCUUUUGAGGAAAGAGUGCCUACUGUCAAUAAAUUCAACACUGUGUGUAUCAA